GAAUGGAGUUCUUCUUGUUAUUGGUUUGCUCUUGAGUCGAAUAGUUUAAUAUCACGGAGUUUUAUGUAGGACUAUAAAUUAUAAAAGUGUUUUAAUUUACUUGGGGUAACAUAUAUAGAUCGUGUGUGUGCUAUUGCAAUAAUAUUUUGAAAUUAAAUUUUUAGGAUGCCGCUACACCUACGGAUCAAGUGAAAACGGGGAUAUGCUUUUUGUUUAAUGUGUAAACGCAAUAAUUUAUCAAGUAUCAUUAUGCGAAGUGUUGUUCUAUUUACAUUAGUACGUGAGUGUGAAAGUUAUUAAGCACUUGAAAAAUUUAUAUAAAUGUUUGAAUGGGAAAUAUGCAUGAAUACUUUGCAUAUCCAUUGAUUACAUAUAUGUAUGUAUAAGAAAAAAGUAAUUAUUAGUUUGCGUUAAAAAGUUUUGUGUGCAUGCAUUACUAAGAUUACGCGUCAAGCUUUGUGCCUUUGGAAGUCGAAUGUCUAAAACAGAUUCAACAACUAUUUCAUUACUUACUGGAGCAUCUGUGGAUAGCGUCAGCAGGACACGCGCUCAGCAACGCAUCAGCCUAACAACAAAACGACGAAAAAUGUCACGUCGCGCUAAUCUGAUAGGCAUUUGUGGCGUUAGCAGUCUGUGCAUAUUAUUGCUGAUAGCGACAACCCAACAUCGACCUGCCUCUAUGACCAUAUCUAACGGCAUGUCCGUUGGCGUUGGUGACAUAUCAGGCGUACAGACCGGUUAUGUCGAUCGGCAUCAUGUGGGCACUGCGAGCGUAGCAUAUAAUAUGACUGCUACAAUAGCGGAUGUCCUGGCGGCGCAACGCUCGAAGAUUCUAACCGAAAUGGAAAACUUCGAAUAUCCACAAGGACGUUUUGGUGUCGAUGCGGAAAAAUUAUCUGAUAUGACACCUGAAACAAACGGUACACCGGUACGAAGUGUUAUCAUAACAACUUGGCGUUCGGGCUCAACAUUCUUGGGAGACAUAUUGAAUGCCAUGCCAGGCAAUUUUUACCAUUACGAACCGCUACUAUCAUUUGGUAUUAAUCAAGUACGCGAUCCAUCGGGGGGCAGCGAAGCGUUACAUAUGUUACGACAUUUGCUUCAUUGUAACUACACAGAUAUGCAGGAGUAUCUUGAGUACGGUAAAGAACAUUCGUAUCUGUUUGAACAUAAUGAACGUUUAUGGAGUGUAUGCAAAGAGUUUCCCCACUAUUGUUGGCGACCAAAAUUUCUCUCACCCACAUGUAAACUUUUUCCCAUGCAAAGCAUGAAAGUGGUGCGUUUACGAUUAUCGUUGGCGAAAGCAUUACUUGAUGACAAAAGCUUGAACGUGCGAAUGAUACUGCUGGUGCGCGAUCCACGGGGUACAAUGCAAUCGCGCAAGCAUCGCGACUGGUGUGCCGGCAAUAGGGACUGCGAGAAUCCGCAUUACGUAUGCCAAGAUCUCGUGGACGAUUAUCAUGCAGCUGUGGAACUACUAAAGGAGCAUUCGUCGCGUUUCAGAACACUGCGUUAUGAGGAUCUUUCACUAAACACCUACGACAUGACACAAGAGGUGCUACAAUUCUAUGGACUACCAUUCGAUCCGCUGGUUGAAGAAUUUCUCGACACGCAUACAAAAGUAAAUAUCGGCGGGGUUAGCUCAACCUAUCGUGACUCGAAAUCGGCACCAUUCCAUUGGAAGCAAGAUCUGCGGCCGGACGAGAUCCAGUAUAUACAAAAUAACUGCGAAGAGGCCAUGCAAUUGUGGGGUUAUCGUAAGAUCGACAACUUUACCAACUUCCAACAAGCAACAUUUGAUCCAAUCGAAUUGCCGCCACCCUUCUCGUGAAGUGCUCUCAACAAACUUGAGUGAAUGUUGCAAUUAUGUAACGAAUACACAAUUUUACAACAACAAACCUAAAUCGUUUGUCUCCUAAUCUCUAUUUGUAUCUAACUCGCUUAUAUUAUGUUUUUUUAUACCAUUUUGUUGUGAUAUAUCGAAGAAGUUAAAUAUUAAAAAAAAAAAAAACAAGAAGAAGAAAACGAACAAUGUUACUAUGCUAAUGCUAAAAAAUACGACAGCAGCAUAAGAGUGAGAGAGAGAGCAUGUAUUUGUAAUUAUUAAUGCGUAUCUAGUAAUAAGUAAUAUAUAUUAAACAUAAUCGUAAGACGAGUUCGUUUAGCGCAAAAAAGCAAUUUGGAAGUGCGGGUCGUGAAAUGCGUGCAUCAAAAAGCACAGGAUGAAUGAGUGAAAUAACGUAUCCCAAGUCCGCCCAGGCCCACACCAACAACAUACACACAUAUACACGUACAUACACACAAACUUAUCCAUACGACAUGAAAACGUAUCAACAGUGCAGCACUGUAGUAAUUUAAUUAUGUAGUUUAAUAUUAUACAUAUAUGUAAGUAUUAUGUUCGCAUACUUAAAACGAAACAAGAAAAAAUUUAAAACAAAACUCGAAUUAAAUAAUUAAUUUAAAAAAUGUAAUAUUAUGCAUACUACUUAAAAAACACGCGUAGAUAUUUUUACACUGCAUAGUUUUAGGCGUUGCGCAUUUUUUGCAAACAAUUAAAAACACUAGGCAUACACAUACACACUAAACACAUACAUACAUAUGUAAUUAUGUAAUUAAUUAGUUAAAUAGUUUUAAAAAAUUUUACGCAUUCAUUAACGUUGCUGACAUCUAGUAUAGUUUCAUAGUUUCAACUAAGCAGUAGGUUAUGUAAUAUUUAUAUGCAGAGUACGCAUAAAUUCAAGUUAUUUCAAAGCACACAAAAGCAAAAAGCAACAAAUAAUUAUAAUACUAAAAUUAGAUAUGCGUUUGAAAGCAAACCAGUAUUGCUAGUAGUUGAAAAAUAUUGCUUUCGAAAAGCGUAAACAAUUUUACGAAUGCAUUUUUGUUAGUGUAGUAAUAAAAAUAAAGAAAUGAAAAAAAUGCGAAGUAUGCAAAAUUAUCAAACUUGUAAAAAAAGCGAGCAUACAUAUUUGAAAAUCGUUAUAACAUUUGUCACAUAUCGUUAACUUAGCAAUAUAUUAAACACAGUGACGAGCUAAAAAUCACAGCUAAGCAGUAGGGUUGCCAAGUUUUUAAUAAAAAAAUUGUGUAUCAGAAAUUAGUUUCUCAAAA